GAAGCGAGGAGAGUGGGGAGUGAUUUCCAGAGUGCACAGCAGCAGCGAAAGGCAGGAAGUGACGUCUUAUCCUGUAAUCAGUGCAGACGGUCCUGUGCUUGGCAUCUGAAAAUUCACAAUGGUGGACAAAUACAGUGUGCAAUUCGAAUUUAUCAAGCAGUACCGGGAGCUCACGUGUCUUUGGAAUGUCAAGAGUAGGGAUUACUCUAAUAAAAGCAAGAGGAAGGCAGCUUUGCAGAAGCUUGUGGAAUUGCUGAAGCCUCUGUACCCCACGGCAGACAUCAAUUAUGUGAAGGGCAAAAUUGGUAGCCUUCGGAGUACAUACAAUAAGGAGCGCAAGAAGGUCCUGGAAUCCAAGAGAUCGGGAGUAGCUGAUGAUGAGAUCUAUGUCCCAAGGCUGUGGUACUACAACAGCCUGCGUUUUUUGUCAGACCAAAACGAAUCGCACCAAUCGCUCUCAACGCUUCCUUCCACAUCAGCUGAGGCCGCAGAUCCUGAUGUCCACCCUAGUCCUACACAGGAAGAAGAUGCGGAGGAGCCAGGCUUGACCCAGGAUAGUGGGAGCGAGGAGGAACCCGGGCCCAGCAGCCAGAGUGAAUCACAGAUCCCUUCCCUACGCCCUCCUACUAAAAGGGCCAGGAAGACCGAGAACCUGGACGAGGCCACGGCUGCCUUCCUAAGCCAUGCAACAAACGCCAUCAGCAUUGCCCCAGAUUCAACUGAGGCAUUUGGCUGUAUGGCAGCCGCUAAGCUCAGAGAGAUGGAUGAUGAACAAAGGUGCAUGUGUGAGGAGCUAAUACUCCAGCUCCUCAACAAGGGGAGAAGGGGACAAAUUUGCCCCAAAACACAGCUGUGUGUUUUGGAUGAGACACCUCCACAGCAACCCAGCCCACCACAGCAGCAUGGUGGACAGUGUAAAAUACAGCCCCAAGACCCCCAAAAAGGCAGCUGGGCUGGGGAUUUUCAUCCCUACUAAUAUCAAUUUUCUUUGUUUAUUUUUUGAAUUAUGAUUUCAUGUUAUACUUUAGUUCCUUUUGUGUGCAUCGAAUGCACUUUUUGUUUCUGUUUUUUCAUUUUGAUGGCA